AAUGAGUAGAUGAUUCGUCACGCCUUGCCUAAAUGUUUUGUUAUUCCUGUUUCAGGAGAAGAUGAGGCUUUUGUGAUGGAAGUCAUCAUGAAGACAUCUAAGACUGGACAUUUUAACACACGGGUCAUCAUGGAGCCACCUGUACUUGGACGUGGUGGGACAAGGGUCAUCAUGGAACCACUCAACUUAACAUGCAGGGGUAUCAGUGAUUUCACUCUCAGCGGUAUACCAGAUCUAGAUGACUUAAAUUUCUGGUUUGGAUUUCCUCUUGCCCUACUAUACCUCGUCGCCAUCCUUGGGAACAUCACCAUUCUCUAUAUCAUUAAGGUAGACCAAAAGCUCCAUGAACCCAUGUUCAUUUUCCUUUUCAUGCUGUCGGUAUUGGACAUCUUGAUAGCCACCACAGUCAUGCCCAAAAUGCUUUGGAUCUUCUGGUUUGAUAACCGGAAGAUGGUCUUUGACCUGUGUUUGACCCAAUUGUUCUCCAUCCAUUUCCUGUCUGCCCUGGAAUCCGGGAUACUGGUGGCCAUGGCUAUAGACCGGUAUGUGGCCAUUUCUCACCCUCUUAGAUAUUCUUCCAUCUUAACCAACAAGACCAUUAAAAAUAUCACCUUGGUCAUUGUAACCAGAGGGGCAGCUGGGAUGAUUCCUCUACCGUUGCUUCUUAAAAGGUUUCCCUUGUUUAAGAACAACUUUUUAACUCAUUCCUACUGCCUCCACCAAGAGGUCAUGAAGUUGGCCUGUGCCGACAUAAGCAUCAAUAUCGUCUAUGGCCUGUUUAUUGCCCUCUCAACCGUGGGCAUCGACUUUCUGUUCAUCAUCAUCUCGUACCUACUACUUCUGAAGAUGGUGGUAAGUGUGGUAGCCGAGGCAAGUCUGAAGGCCACCGGUACGUGUGUCUCCCAUAUAUGUGCCGUCAUCGUCUUCUACAUGGGCUUCAUUGGCAUUGCCGUGGUGCACCGCUUUCCAAGUAGCACCGCCCCCAAUCUUCACGUCCUGUUUGGGAAUAUAUAUCUCCUGUUUUCUCCUGUGAUUAACCCCUUAAUCUAUGGAAUUAAAACAAAGCAAAUCCGCACCAGGCUCGGCAGACUGUUCAGUAAAAUGUUCAAGUCGAAGUAGAACAUCAGGGGACUAGGAAAUUUCUACUGAUCGGGAAGGAAACAGAGCUUUGAAAUCUACAAAUUCACACUUCUUCGGUAUAAACUAGACGUCUGCUGUCAUUGGAUGUGGGUUGCUGUCAGCCAGAGACAAGGCAGUCCAUAGAAGACAAAAGCAGCACUUCCUGAAGAAGCCGAGUGACUGGCCUCCAAGAUGGCGGCACCACAUCCUUAGAUGUUCAGAUCACUAUUGAAAGAAAAGGACUACC